AUGGUUAACUGGACCUCAAGCCUGAGAGCCAGCAAGGAAUUGAGAAGCCUGAGUCUGCAGGAAUUUGGAAAUCUGCUCUAUCUAAGAGGAUAUGAGAGGCAGGACCCUGGCUAUCCUUCCUGGAUUUUUAGUACAAAAACUUCAAGAAUUCCUGCUUGGGGUGAUAGAAUAGAGUUAGGAGAAGCCUUUAGCCCACGUUCUAUGCUCCUCAUCAGGUUUAUAUCAUUCUUUCUUUGUAGCACAUCUAUAGAAGGGACAAUGAGAUCACAGGAAAGACAGGUAACCAUCACUGAAACCCUGUGGGACCAGGUGCUGACAGUUUUUAAGGAUAUACAAAAGGAGCUGCAGGAAGAUGCUCAGAUUCGAGAUAAAAGAGCACCAUUCCAAGGGAUGAGCAACUGCUCCGUGACACCCAUGACAUCAGCACCCAGGACUGGAAGCGUAAGGCCUCCAGAUUCCUCCAUGACCCCAAAGUUGAGAAGAUUGCAGUUCAACUCUGGAGAGAAGCCAUCAGGAGGCUGUGUCCUCAACCUGAAGACACAGCUCUUCAGUCAAUCACCUUACUACCCUGGACCCUAA